AUGGCAAAUAAGUGCAGUGUGUGUGGCAAAUUCGUUUCGGGUACUGAUGGCGCCAAGUGUACGAAAUGCACUGGGGUCAUGCAUAGAUCAUGUGCGACCGGAUUUGAUCCCUGCAAAGCUGGUAGUUGGCGAUGCCAACCGUGUAAGGAUAAAGGAUCGAGAAAGUCUCCUACUCAUACCUUUGAUACCGUAUCGGAUGGCGUACUCCAGGAUGCGAGUGUGGAGGAGAGUGUGACAACCAGUCUGGCCCAGGAAAUCAGGUUGCUGCGGAAGGAGAUGGCCUCGGUGCGCGAAGAAAUGUCAUCCUUUAGACUAGAGUUGUCGAACUUAAGCUCCAGCAUGACAGAGUUUAACAAACGAGGUGAAGCCGUAGAGGAAAGAAUGUCGGCUGUUGAACAGCUGGUGAAUCAGCGUCAAACUUCUCCGGGUGAAACUUGUCUAAUGGACACAAUAACACAACUAAAGGCGGAAUUGAAUGAACGGGAACAGGAUGACCUUUUAAACGACAUUGAGAUCUCAGGGCUGCCAGAGAAGAUAGGAGAGAAUCCCGUUCACUUAACAUCGCUAGUCGCCAAAAAAAUGGGAAUCGACAUCGGUGUUAGUGACAUUGUGAGUGCUGAACGUAGGGGUCCCCGGCGCUCGGAAGCGAAGGGCGAGGACCAGCAACGGCCGCGGCUAAUCAGAGUGCGGCUGGCGCGGAGAUCCUUGCGCGACGACAUGCUCCGCGCCGCUCGGACGGGCCGUGGUGCUGAUACCUCUGGUAUAUUAGACGGGGAUGCACGACGUAUAUUCAUUAAUGAGUAUCUCACACGUACCAACCGGCUACUCUUUUACAAAACUCGUGAAGAGGGACGUCGACGCAAUUGGCGUUAUGUAUGGACUCGUGGCGGACGUAUCUAUGCGCGGCAGGACUCGGGAAGCAGUGUCAAUCGUAUUCGCACCGAUGCCGACAUAAAUCGAAUUUUUGGUGGAAGCCCCGUUUGCAUAUAA